AUGUCCAACGCAGCGGAACUCUCUACGGCUGCCACAACGCUAGACAACGACGUCAGCACGGCACUGUCCACCGCGUCCGCCGGGUCACUUCCGUACUGGCAUGUCAACGUCCCCCACGCCGACCGGCCCACCCACUGCCCCGACUUUCUCCGCAACAUCUGUCAGAAGAACAUCGAGAUCCUGUCGACGCCUGACGAGCGAUAUCAGCGACAAGGAUGGGAGCUGGUGAAGGAGAUCGUGCGGACGAAUCGCAUCGAUCUAUUCCAGCGCGUGCCGAGUGAUUUGAGAAAGUACCUGGAAUACAAGGAGCGGAUCAUCGCCUCGCAUGGGUCUAUUUUGCGGUUCAUUAUCAAGGAGCGGCUGCGUUGGGGCGAAGGGGCGGUCGAAGAUCUGAAGCCAAAGGGGCGGCCGUUUGAAUGCGAUGAGGACAUCAAGAUUCUGUAUAAUGACUGGCCGUACGGGCUCGAGGAGGGCAUCGUGCAUCUAGUGGUGUGGACGAAGUUCGAGCUAGAGGAUGACCCGGCCACGGACGAUCUGACGCCGCGCGCGCGACGAGAAAUCGACGACUACGUGGCCAGGACAUUUCGGUCGAGGGUGCCGUCGGAGCAGGUGGUUUGGUUCAAGAACUGGAAAUCGUUAAAGUCGGUGAUGGCGGUCGAACACUUCCACGUCAUGCUAUACAAGCCAGACCCAACAUUCCUGAGGGAGAUCACGCAGGGCGACGAGCCGUUGAUUGCGAGGCUGGGACGGAGUAAUCUGUGA